AUGCUCGGCGGCUCCUACGCGCGAUUCAUUGACUCUUCAUGCUUCCUCAUAUCCCGUAUGUUCAAUAGGAGUGUCGUCAGACGGCUGUCGCUCCUUGCUCGUCCGCUUCUUGUCGGCCGAGCACCUACACAAUAUCUACCAUGGGCUUCUAGACCGCCAACACUGCCGGCUCGUCGCCAUGUCUCUUCUCCCUCCGCGUCACUCACCCGACGCAAAGACCUCCCCACCGUCGACACGAUUUAUGCUCUCUCUACCGCGCCUGGCCGUGCCGCUAUCGCCAUAAUCCGCAUCUCCGGCCCUGCAUGCCUUGAUAUCUACGGUGGACUCUGUCCGAACAAAGCCUUCCCUAACCCGCGCGUGGCCAGUCUUCGCAAGCUGUACGACCCUACCUCUCCCAGCACACAUCUCGACAGGGCCAUAGUUCUUUAUUUCCCCGCGCCUUCCACUGUCACGGGUGAAGACAUUCUUGAGCUACAUAUUCAUGGCGGUCCCGCGAUAGUUCGCUCCGUCCUCGCCGCCAUCCCACAAUGCAGCAACACCGCUCAAGGUCGCAGCCGGCGUCGCACCGCGGAAUACUCGCAUAUACGCCCCGCUGAUGCCGGCGAAUUCACCAAAAGAGCAUUCUACAAUAAUCGACUCUCGUUACCCGAAGCAGAAGCACUUGGCGACGCCCUUGCGGCUGAAACCGAGCAGCAGCGGCGCCUUGCUGUCUUGGGCGCCGAAAGUGGCUUGUCCGAGCGCUAUGAAUCAUGGCGAGAGCUUCUUCUGCACGCGCGAGGGGAGUUGGAAGCGUUGAUUGACUUCAGUGAGGACCAACACUUCGACGAGUCGCCGGCAGAGUUCAUGGCGAGCGUGGCCGAGCAGGUGAGUGCUCUGCAGAGGCAAUUGAAGCUUCAUAUCGCGAACGCGACCCGCGGAGAGCUGUUGAGGCAGGGGAUUCGAGUAGCGCUACUGGGAGCGCCGAACGCCGGGAAGAGCUCGCUGCUGAAUCGGAUCGUGGGCAGAGAGGCGGCUAUUGUGAGUGCUGAGGAGGGUACGACAAGAGAUAUCGUUGAUGUAAGCGUUGAUCUCGGAGGCUGGCUCGUGCGUUUCGGGGACAUGGCUGGCCUGCGAACGAUGGUUGCCUCCGCAGCCGGCUCAGCGACCAUUAUAGGCGAGAUCGAGAAGGAAGGCAUCCGCCGCGCUCGUGCCAGGGCGUUGCAGUCUGACGUUGUCAUUGUCCUCCUCUCGCUCGAGCCCAACGUCGACGGCACCAUAGGGCUGAGCAUGAACGAUGAGGUCCGUGACGCAGCAAGCGAGUGCUUGAGCGCAGGCAAAACCCUGGUCGUGGCCGUCAACAAAGCUGAUCUGAUCCCCGACCUCCUCGCCUCCCAGAGCACGAAAGCCGCAAUGCAGCGCUACAUUUACAACGCCCUGCCAGAUAUUCCCAAGGAGAACAUCCAUUUCAUGAGCUGCAAGAGCGCCGCCGGCGGCUCGGCGACCCAGAACUUCAGCCCGAACGAAGGCAACAUCCCUUCCUUCCUCCAUCUACUCACCGAAACCUUCACCACUCUGACCGCCGCCCUCACUUCCCCCGAAAAUGCCAUCUCCCCUGCCGAUGCCCAAGCCUACUGGCUCCCCUCCCUAACCAUCACCGACCGCCAACGCGCCUACCUCGCCGCCUGCCUCGCCCACCUGGAAGACUUCCUAUCCGAAUGUCCCGCUGCCGCAACACCUCCCCUUUACCACUCCUCCGACUCAGAGAACAUCAAUGACUCGCUCUCCCAGCCCGUCGACACCCAAGUCGAAGUCGAAGUCGACAUCGUAACAGCAGCUGAGCACCUGCGGCACGCAGCUUUGUGCCUGGCCAAGAUCACGGGCCGGGGCGAGGGAGGGGACGUGGAGGAUGUAUUGAGCGUUGUGUUUGAGAAGUAA